CUUGUUACGUAACAUUGAUAAGGUCGUUGAGGCUCGAUUAUGUGAGCUACUACGUACGAGGUAGGUGAUAUAUAUGCUGACACCGGCAGAAGGGCCAUCCGAGAAACAAGAUCGUCACCUUCGAGAAGCAACCCCGACAAACAUCAGCAUCUGGCUCUGCUGGUAACCACCGGCCGGAUUCAUCUCCGAGUUUUCGCCGCUCACCGAGAGAGAUGAAACCAUCGCCAUGCUUCCUGUGCCACACAAAUGACAUGGGACAGUCCUACAGAGGGAAUGGGCAGAGGCUCGCAGUAGCAUUUCCAUGAUUUAAGCCGCCACAUCGAACUACCGCCUACGUAGAACAUUACGAAAAGCCUCCGGCUUCUCGAACAGUCUUGCCGAGAUGGCUUCGUUAGAUGAUCUGCUCGAGUCGGCAGUGAACGACGGCACGGCGCCUGGGGUCGUCAUCAUCGCCAAGGAUAAGGAGGGCAAAGUCGAUUACGCGAAGGCGUUUUCGCGCGAGGGCGGCACGCCCUACGCUCUCGACACGGCUAUGGUCAUAUCCUCGAUGACGAAGUUGCCGACGUCAAUUGCUGCCCUGCAGCUCGUCGACCGGGGCCUCGUGGCUCUCGACGAGGAUCUCUCGCCGCUGCUCCCGGCCUUCGCCGAGAAGGGUGUCCUUAUCUCCGUGGCGGACGACGGUACGCCGGCUGUUCGCAAGCGGCGAAAUCCCAUCACUCUGCGCCACCUGAUCACGCACGCCUCUGGUGCUGGCUACCCUUUCCUUGACAAGGCCCGUCUCGGCAAGAUACGGUCAGCGCACGAGCACGACACCCUCGAUGGCACGGUCGAAGAGACGUUCGAUCUGCCCAUGCUCUUCGAGCCUGGCGAAGGGUGGGCGUACGGCACCGGCCUCGACUGGGCCGGCGUGCUCGUCGAGUGGCUGAGCGGUCUCUCCCUCGACGAGUACAUGAAGCGGAAUCUAUGGGAGCCCCUGGGGGUCGGUGGCGACAGUUCCCCUACCUUUUUCCCCGACAAGAAGCCGGCUGCCAGGGUUCCCGUGGCGUUCUGCAGCGAUCCGGAUGGGCCCGCGGUCGAGAAGCCGGGGGCCCCGACGAUCGUCUCCGGGCUGAAGGCGUGCUACGGCGGGCACGGCCUGGCCGCGAGCAUGCGAGCCUGCUUCGAGGCCGCGUACUCGCUCCUCGUAGACGACGGGCGGCUGUUGAGCCGGGAGACGGCCGCGCUGAUGUUCCAACCCCAGCUGUCCCCUGCGAGUCGGCAGAGCCUAGCCGCGUUCAUGGAGAAACCCAAAAUGAAGCUCCUCUUCCCCUCGCCGCUCAUCGACCGCGAUUACGGGCUCGGUGGCCUCCUCAUCGCAGGGGAUGGCCACGAGUACUGGCGAAAGGGGACGCUGAUGUGUGGGGGUGCUGCGAAUCUCAACUGGGUAGGUCAAGUUCAUCGUGCGGUCUAG